UUUAAAAUUACCAGAAGUUUGUAUCUGAGACAGUGUAUACCUUCUGUGUCGUGGAGUAAUGCUCGUGUACCAAUAUGGUGGAUCCAGAACCGGUGCCUGGUAGAUAAUACACUCAAAACAACUGUUCAUUACGUUACCACUAUUGACUAAUACAAGGAGCUCCCUUUCUUGGUGCAGACACUAGACGGGGACCAUGAACGACGCUCAACGAGCCGUGCUCCAGAAACAUCACGUGGAGAUAGCACGCGACAUCAUCGUCACCGAGGUCUUCCUUGGAGAGUGCUUUCAAAAUAGACUCUUCGACAAUCACCUUAUAGACAUCAUUAGGAAUGAUUCUUCACCCUCCUACAAACUACUGAAUCUCCUACCCACUCGGGGUCCGGAUGCCUUCGACAGAUUUCUGCGGAUUAUUGAGCCCGAGUAUCACUGGCUGGUGACCACUCUCCAGGACAGCCUGGAUAAGGAGCUGUCAAAACCUUCUACCCGGCCCAGUGUAAUUCUCCCCAAGCUCGACACAGCGGAAGGAGGUUUUGCAUCUCCAAGGCUGUUGUCAUUGGGGUCGCCAACAGAUGAGGAGGAGGAGAUGUCCGAUGUACGAAGCCGAGUCACAACUUUUAUGAGCCGCAAUUUUGGACUCAAUAGGAAGCUUUCUCAAGCAGAUAAACGUGCAAUAGAACAAUUUAUCACGGAUCAAGCAAAGAUUGAAUGUGUAAAACAACGGACAUUGUCAGCCUCUACGGCAAAUGAAGAUGAGAUAGAAAGCUCCGAUGUUUUUGAAUUGUCAGAAAUUGUGAAGAAAAAUCUGUUUGAUUGUUACAUAAAAAUGAAUGUGCACAUGAAGGCUUUAUAUGUUGGAGACGAUAAAGUGUUCGACGAUUCUAAUCCGGGUGUCACUGAAUCAGCAAUGACAUUCAAUCUAAUACAGCAACAAAUUGACGCUGUCCUAAAUCGCUUAGAAAAGGUGGAAGAUCAAAUAUCUCAAUGUUAUGACACCCUCAGCGAUACUGAGAGGACCGAACCUCUGUCAAAACAUAUCGACAGACUGGUCAUCCAGUUAAUCUCAAAUGAACAAUUGCUGGAUGACGAACGCAAAAAGACUGAAAAAAUGACAGAUGAAUUCUACAUUUUAUCAAUGAAAUACAAGAAAUUGCUUCAAAACUCACAGUUAAAAGAUGUUGAACUUGAGGUCAAGAAAAAUCAGGUGACAAACCUUCAACGGGAGGUAAUAGCACUACAGAAGGAGGUCGACCGACUCGAAGGGGUACACAAAAUUCAUCUAGAGAAGGAAAAGACACUAGCAAACCUCAAAGAAAUGGUUGAAGGUCUUAAAACUAGUCAACGCACCAUUCAAGAAGAAAAUAACACUUUAAACAAGAAACUGACAGAACAAGAUUCCCGAUCACCUCGGCGACAGCUUUCUAAAAAUGGACGGUAUACAGGAAUGACUACUACUCGUGCAAGACAGCCAACAAGGACAAGAAAAAUAAACAAUAACCUUGGAAAUUAUCGUUUUAAUCAACCAUAGUGCAGUCUCAGA